AUGGCGUCAUUCGAUGACGUCAUACAUAAAGCUUUUUUCCGGAUCGGUCUGGUUAUCCAUCGAGUCAGUGGUAAAACCUAUAUUUAGUUAUUUUCCAUCAAAUCUUCAUAAAAGUAUCACUUUUUGAAAGUUUUUUUUUUUAAAAAGACAGGCAUUUAUUUCUAUUCUCCACAGCAUCUCAACCAUUUCCAGAUCAUUCUUUCAAGAAACAAACAUUUUUUUACUUUGAACUUUGAACCGAGGUUUUCAAAUCUUUAACUAGAUAACAACUUCACAUAGUCAUGUUUUGAUUUAUAAAAAUAAUCAUUAAACAAAUUUUCUUCUUCUAUCAAACUCACAUAGGCAGAGUUGGAAGAGUGGAAAUAGGCUUCUUUUUUGCUGUCUUUUUGCGCCAUUUCAUUGGCUUUAUGCACCAUUUUCGCUGUCUCCCCCUUUUUUCACCAUUUCUUGUUCCUUUAAAAUUCUAGAAAAAAGAGAAGGCUCGAUAAAGGGACUCUUUUUGUUGCCUUUCUGCGGCCUUUUUGAGCCUCUCCCUUUUAGCGGUCAUUAUCCACUCUUCUGACUUUGCCCAAGCUUUUCCCCAAAUUAAAGCGGUCCUAUCAGUACCAGUUUGAUCCCAAAGGCGCUUUUUUUAUUAUUUUUAUUUUUAUUUCAAACCGUUUUAAGCCGUGAUGGAUGGGAUCUAUAAUCGGCAAUUAAAGCUUUUUGAGAAACCCACAUUCAAAAAUACUUUUCUGCGUGUAAUAUUUACGGAAAUAAACUGAAUUCAAAGAAAUUUUUCUGAAAGAAGUUUCACAAUUUGCUUGAAUCAGCAUCAUACAAUUUGCGAUUGAAGUCUAAACUCGGUUUUCAUUUCUUGCUUCCAAAAAAGAAGUUCAGUUCCGACUGUUCUUCCUAAUCGGUUCGCUGCUUCUGACGGCGUUCGCCUGCUACGGCUUCGUCUGGUUCGAGCAACUGGUCGGCUUUGCUUCUUAGUUCUUUCGAAACAUGGCAAUUUGCAGACGACUAAGGACCCGCAAUUCGUUUUUUCACCCAAAGACGCGCCGUGGCGGUUCGAAAGAGCGGUUUAUCCUCGAUUCUUCUCUCGAUUAUCUCAUUUUUGCCAAGGUUCUCAGCGAGCAUUGGCCUUUGGACGAGGAAAAGUUCUGGCCUGGCCGCAGCUACGAUUUGCACGGCUACGUUGACGUCAUCGGUUGAGCUUCUGAGAGAGAUUCAGAAUAAAUCGAGAGUUUCAGCCGCGGGAAGGAGACAUGCCGAGUUCGGACGUCCGAACAUUCUCAACAUCCGAUAUUUGGAUGAAGUGGCUCGUAUCAACGACUACAUCGUCCAUAACUUGACGAUUCCAAUUGAUAUCGACGGAAAGCCGUUUGAGGUGCUUUUUUGGGCUGAAAAUGUUGAAAGGCAACAUUUCUAAAAUGUUACGCAUGUCGAGAGAAUGAAGCUGAAAGCCAUUCGUUCAGACCGAAAACUUUAUAUUACUCAAAGAAAGGUUUUCUUGGUGAGAAUAAUUUUGUAGGUUUCCUACACGGACCUCUGUAUGAGAUAUGACUGGGCCUGCUAUCUCAACGACCACAUCACGAUGCUCAUGCCAAAAAGUCGCUGGGGGAACUUUUCUGGAGCAAUCGCUCAGUUCGCGACCGAUAUAAUUAACACCCAGGUAUCAAGAAAUUCAUAAAUCAUCUCGUAAAUAAUCAAUCCAGGUGAACAUCACCUAUCCGAUCGGAUGGAGAGGCUCGGAGCCUAUAUACUUCGGAGCUCUGGUUGGAGCCCCGAAUCUUGUUGACCCAGAAGGACAUUUCGACUACGCCUCUGCCCUUCGUCUCACCUAUAACACUCGUGAGCAGAAGGUCGAGUGCUCAGGCUUCGAUGAAUUCCGAUCAAAAGUUAUAGGUCGGAAAUAUCAGCUAUGCCUGGAGGAAAAAGCUGACCAGGUGGCUGACGGAUAAAGAAAAUCCAGUUUCUGAAAUCCUGGAGUUUGGCGUUAAUCAUAACGAAUCCCUGCCGGAAGGUCUGCAAGACGUCGCCGACACCUUGACUCCGAAGUUUGCAGGUUCUUUCUCAAAUAUUUCCGCAUGAAAUCAAAGAAAAUCACAGGAACCUGCACGAUUUUAUUCACAUUUUGCUUCAUCGUUUCGGUUGUACUGAAGAAACACGCCAAUGGGAUGAUUGCCGUCGAUUGGGUCCGUAGCAAGCCUCUGGUGGCCGCCGCUGGUGAGAAGGGGCGCAGAAGCCAGAAAAGACUUGCUCCUAGGACUCUGCACUCCCCUCUUGGCGACAGCGACGUCGUUCGGACUCAUUCUGUGGUGUGGAGAGCUCUACAACGCCAUAGUCAACGUUUCUCCGUUCUUGAUUCUUUGUGAGAGAUUCAUCUCUCAAGAAAUACAAGGAUUCUCAGGCAUCGGAAUCGACGACCUCUUCAUUAUGAGCGCCGAAUGGCAUCGGACGAAGCCGCAGCAUUCUCCAGCUCGAAGAAUCGGCGAGACUCUCAGUGAAGCUGCCGUCGCCAUUUCCAUCACUUCCUUCACGGAUAUUGUAUUUUCUUGACCAAAUCACUAGCGAACAAUUUCUAUUCAGACGACUUUCGCCGUCGGAUGCUAUACAACUCUUCCUGGAGUCCGAAUGUUCUGCUUGUACACCUGCGUCCAAUGCUUCUUCGUUUAUUUUUUCCAAGUAAUUUUUUCUUGAAUCAAUGUUUUGACCUAUCUUCUCAAUUAAGCUCACUUUCUUUGCCCCAAUCCUCGCCUACGCCGCCGAGAUGGAAGCAGCAAAUCGACACGCUCUUCUUCUGAGGAAAGCCGUAGACCCGACAAAAACUGGUGAUUGGGUCUAUCCGAUCCCAGUAAAUGUAUUUUGUUGAAGAAUCGAAGUGGAGGAUUUUACUUCUUUCUGGAUCCGUGAACCGGAAUCAAAAGGCCAAACCAGUACAGAAGAUAUGUCCUGUUACCAAGGAAGAAACAGCUGUCGGCUGGGGCUCGAAACUGAGCCACGUCAUGAGGAAGCUCGAAGCAAAGUUGGAGCAGCAUGACGUGAAAAAACGAGAAUCAAUUCAAAAAUAACAGAUUCUCAAUUCAGAACACCGAAGUUUCAACCGAAGAAGAAACGUUGGUUAACAAGAUUUUCCGCGAAAUUGUUGGUCCUUUCAUACUCGAAACGAGUACCAAAGUUCUAUCAAUUUGCAAUUCCGAAUGAUUAAGGUUGACUCAGAUUUGUGCCGGACUUCUCUACUUGGUAUACAUCGUGGUGGCGAUAGCCGGAAUCGUCAACCUCAAGGAAGGACUCGAUCCGAAGCUUCUUGUCCGCGAGAACUUCUAUCUAUCUACCUUUUAUCAAAUCAUUGAUGAGACUUUUUGGCGCGAAGGUACAGAAGAAACGUCGAUUCAGAAGAGAAAAACGUUUUGAAGGUCUUCAAAUGCAAGUUGUCGUCAACUCGCCGCCUGACUUGUUUAAUAAAGCUUCGAGAGCCAAGUUCGAGGAAAUGAUGAGAGGUUCUUUCGAUUUUCAAAAGAAAACAACAGGAGAUGUUUCUUACAGCUUUUGAAGGUACUUAUUAUACGAUGGAGUCGAACGCGACCAUGUUCUGGCUUCGCGCCUAUGAACGUCAUCUGAAGACGGAAAAAGACGAACUUCACAUUGGAUUGCCUGAAACGUCUGAAAUUCUCCAAGAAUCUUUUGAAUAGAACUUGAAGGUCGGAGGAAUGGUACCAAAGAUGUCGCGACUGGAUUCUGGUGGCCGGAGGACGUCGCAUGUGGACCCUUGACAUGCUCUGGGGCAACACUACCGAGGUUUUCCAUCAUCUCAUUUGUGUCAUGAUCUCCCCUGUAGGACUUCCACGAACUGAAGGCGUUCCGAUUCCAACUCGGCCUCAGGAACUACAGGACGCCGGCAGAUCACACCAACAGCUGCAAGAUGAUCCGGGCGAUCGCCGCCAGUUUCCCCCAAUACAACGUCACUACAUUCCACGAGUACUAUCCCUUCGCCGACCAGGUCUUUUCCCUCCCAACUCCAAAUGGAACAGAAGAUCUUGCAGUACCUCGAACUGAAGCCGUCUCUGGUACAGAACUUCUCCCUCGACCUGGUGACGAUACUUUUGGUCUCUCUAGUCAUGAUUCCGGAGUGGCGUUGCGCAGUCGCAAUAGUCCUUUCGAUUGCCAGUAUCAACGUCGGCGUCCUGGGAUUCAUGUCAUUCUGGGGUGUUAAUCUUGAUAGUGUUUCUAUAAUCACAGUGGGUAGCUCGAACUGGAAUUUCGAUACAACCUUUCUCAGAUUAUAAUGUGCAUCGGGUUCGCCGUCGACCUUUCGGCUCAUAUUUCAUACGCUUUCUCGCAGGUAUUCUUUUUUGAAUAAACGAUUGCAAUUCAUAAAUGUUUAGGGUUAUGGUACGCCGCAUGCACGUGCGGUUCAAGCGCUGGAAACUUUGGGAUGGCCUGUUUUCUUGGUAAAAGCCUUUGACAAAGAUUCUAAAUUCAAAAUAUAUUCAGGGAGCCUCUUCAACAGUGUUAGGAAUUCUGUUGCUUGUCUUAGUGGACUCCUACAUCGUUCAAAUUUUCUUCAAAACGGUUUUCCUCGUGAUAAUUUUCUCAAUGCUUCAUGGUUUAUUAUUCCUACCGAUCCUGCUCAUGCUCACCACGAAGUCACGCGUAAGUUCCCUGUUCUGGAAAAACUAUUUACGAGAAUGAGAUUAUUUACAGCCCAGAAAAGAUCCAGAAAACGAAGUGAACGGCACGGAAAUGUCCUAG